UUCAUACAACACAAAAAUGGUGUCAUUGUUGGGAAGGUAAACAAUUUUUAGGUGUAUAAACUUCUUCGUGGAAUGUACUGAUUGAGUUUCAACUGCACUGGUUAAUAUAUAAUUGAUUACAGACCUGGUCAUACAAAAUGACAUCCAAGCAAGUGGAUCCUUUUGUCAUGCAGUACACUUCUCAUGACACAGACACACUUGUAAACAAAGCUACGAAUGGGGUUAGAAGUAAUAAAUAUAAAGCUGUUGAUUAUGACAAGUUACGACUACUUGCUGCAGAGAAAAAGUUUUCAGCUCAUAAGUCUCUUCUAAAGGUGAAGAAAAUAGAACAAUUGUCUAAACAAACCAAGGAAAAUACUCUCCUUAAACAACAUAAACUUGUGUGGAAUAAAGAACUGAUACGACUUAACAAUUUACGUAAACGACUACAAUCAGACAUAGAUGUUCAUAGAGGAGUUAACCUGACUCCAGGAAACCAAUGUUGUUCAUUAUUUGAAGAUUUUGAAGACUUUGAAGCAUCUUUAGAUAUAGAGUUUGCUAAGUUUAAAGCAAGCACCACACAACCAGUAUGGAAUCUAAGAGAAGAUCUGCAGUAUUGGUUACAAGAAAAUAUGGAAGAUUUACGAAUGGGCUCACCUGACACAGUGCAAAAACAUAAUGAAAUUCAGUGUACCAUUGAUAAUGUAAAGGGACAACAAAAAAUGGUGCUGGAAAAAUUACAUCAUCAACAGAUUUGUCUAGAGCAGGAAUUAGGAAUGGGAUUUCUUGCUACAAUAACUCCAAAUGAAGACAGUCAGAAGGUUCAUGUAGAAGGUGGUAUUCCAGAGGAAGCUUAUGAUCUUGAGUGUUCAGACUUUGAUCUCAAAGUCUCAGUCUUACAAGAGUUUAUUCUUAUGGAUGAAAAGUUCAGAGAAAGGUUAAAAUAUCUUGAAGAUGAACAUUCUAAAAUUUUAAAGUUAGGAAGGAAUGGGGGCUGGUUAGAUGAUGACCACUAUGUAUUCACUGUGAUUUAUGAGCAGUAUCCACAUGAGAUGAAAAAUAGACGUAAAAUGAUCAUGGACAGAUUACAGCGACAUCUACCAAAGAAACUUAGAGCUGAUUUGGUGUCACAUGAAGAAUGGUGUGAUUCUAACAAAUAUUUUCGUGAAAGAAAGAAAGCUUUAAUGGUGGCUUGGCAGAAAGGAAGAUCAGCCUUGUAUCACAAAGCGGAGUCAAUUUUCACUGAGUCUGAGAUGGCUGCUGAGUUAGAUGAAGUUAAAGCUGAGUAUAACUGUAAACAGAGACAAGUCAGAGAAGUCCUGCAUCAAAAGAUUCGCAAUUUCAGAGAACAGCAAAUGGAAGCUUUGAUAAUUCAACAUAAAAUGGAAUCUGAAAAACUUCAAGCUGUUAGAGAAAGACUUAAAAUGGAGGCAGAAUUAGAGACAAAGAAAAGAGCUCAUGAGAAAGAACAAGUAGCCAAAUUCCAUGAAGAAAUUGAAAAGAAACAACAAAAACAAGCAGAGAAAGAUCAAAAGAGAUAUGACGAGUUGCAGGCACAACUUGCUGAACAAGCCAUAUUUGAUCAAGAAAGGAUUAAAUAUAGAGCCGAACAACUAGAUGCAAAAAUUGAGGAGAGAAAAUAUUUAGAAGAAGAAAAAAAGCAAGCAGAAAUAGAAAAAGAAGAAAGACUUGAGGCAUUAAGAGAGCAGGUACGAGUUGUAGCUGAAAGUGAUCCACACAGAAUAUUACAACAAACUGAGGCAUGGCAGAAUAGGUAUGCUGAAAAUGAAGACGACAUUGACAUACAGAAGCCGUUGUUCAAUGUCAUAGGGUUUACAUCUAAACAGAUAACAUCAGAUCCACGUAUGAAGUUAGAAGCCAGAUUAAGGGAUGCUGGAUUACACAACACAGAUUAUGCUCGGCAGAUAAUGUCUAAAGUUCCACCUCCCCAACCACCAAGGAGAGAUAUGGAAUCUACAGUGUUUAAAAAAAACUUGAACAACACAUGAAAUUGGGAAAUAAUAGCAUGAAAAUUGAAAUUGAUGAAAUUGUUUAGCUGUCAAUUUUCUUUCUUUGAGGUGACAGUGAUGUCACAAAACAGUUACAAACAAUUACAUUGUAAAGGAUCAAACUAAAUAUGUAUUUAUAAAGCUAUGCAAUUCUUUAAAGCUUUUCAGACAUAUUGCUUUGAAGUUUUGUUGAAAUACAACUUUCAAGAAUACUUUUUCAUGAUACUGACAUUUUGUGAUUUAUACCUUAUAAUUGUUGUAAGAAGAAUUGUAUGUUAAUGUCUUGCCAUUAUUCAUAGAACCAUUAAUGACAUUUUAUCAAUGAAUUGGUGCAUUGUAGAACUCUGGAGAAGGAACUCUGAUCUGGGAUAACCAAUAUAUGGUUAUGAUUAUUAAACAAAAUUUGAGUGUGAGCCAACUUGAAUUUCAUUAUAUAUGUUGUUUUUAAUCUAAACAUAGUGUUGAAAAUUUACAUUGACAAUUAUUUGAUAUAAAAACUAUUUUAUUUUAAACAGAAUGAGUGGUAUGCUGCAUUUUCAUCCGUCCAUAUUUGUUACUUAUUACUCUGUGCUAGGAACGAUUUCAUACUUGAUGAAUUGUAAUGUGAAAGUAAUUUUCAGAUCUGUUUCAACGGUAUUGCUGUUAAAUUAUACAUUAAAUUUAAGUAAUAUUA